UCCGACUACUCGUAUCAGCUUUGUGAUUUACUAACGGAUGACACAGUGAAUUUUGUUAUUUUUCUGUGGCGGUAAUGAUAGCAGGCUAAUAUAAAGUGCACGCUCAAGUCUCAGGAGGGAGCACAAGUAGCCAGCGCUCUUCCUUUGAAAGUAACCUUGGCUCUGUGUGCAACCGGUCGGGACAUACAGAGGGAACUGGACAUAGACUCAAGAUACUGAAACGCGCUUGCCACAUUUAUUUGUACUUAACCCGAUUGGGUUGUGCCUUUCAAGGACAACUGGAUCUAGUAACAGGUGAAGGAAGCAGACAGAAAGGGGAUGUGCAAUGGCAUCGGUGCGGGUGGCUGUCCGGCUCAGGCCUAUGAACAGACGGGAGAAGGAUUUGACUGCCAAAAACAUCAUUGAAAUAAAAGGGGACAAGACCACCAUUAUAAACUUGAGGAUACCAGACUGCAUUUCCGGCGAUUCGAUGAGGGAGAGAAAAAAAACCUUCACCUAUGACUUCUCCUAUGAUUCCGCCGACAGUAAAAGCAACACUUUUGUCUCUCAAGAAAAGGUGUUCAAAGACCUGGGCUCAGAUGUCCUCAAGGCUGCGUUCCAAGGCUAUAACGCCUGCAUCUUCGCCUACGGCCAGACCGGCUCGGGGAAGUCCUACACCAUGAUGGGAAAUCCAGGAGAUGCUGGUCUCAUUCCACGGAUAUGUGAGGGUCUGUUUAGCCGGAUUGCUGGGAUGACUCGUUGGGAUGAGGCCUCAUUCCGCACAGAGGUCAGCUACCUGGAGAUCUACAAUGAACGUGUCAGGGACCUGCUCAGGAGGAAAUCUACCCAAACCUACAACCUGAGGGUGAGGGAGCACCCAAAAGAUGGACCCUAUGUGGAAGACCUGUCCAAGCACUUGGUGCAGAACUAUCAUGACGUAGAGGAGCUGAUGGAGGCGGGCAACAUCAACCGCACCACAGCCGCCACGGGCAUGAACGACACAAGCAGCCGCUCGCACGCCAUCUUCACCAUCAACUUCACCCAGGCUAAGUUUGAUGCGGAGAUGCCCUGCGAGACAAUCAGUCAAAUCCACCUGGUGGACUUGGCGGGCAGCGAGAGAGCGGACUCCACCUGUGCCACGGGAGUCCGGCUCAAGGAGGGCGGCAACAUCAACAAGUCACUGGUCACUCUGGGCAACGUCAUCUCCGCUCUAGCGGACCUGAGCCAGGAUGGAGUGAACACCAACUUGAAGAAGAAGCAGGUGUUUGUGCCUUACAGAGACUCUGUGCUAACGUGGCUCCUCAAAGACAGCCUGGGAGGCAACUCCAAGACCAUCAUGAUCGCUACCAUUUCACCUGCUGACGUCAACUACGGCGAGACGCUGAGCACUCUGCGCUACGCCAACCGCGCCAAGAAUAUCAUCAACAAGCCCACUAUCAACGAGGACUUCAACGUCAAGCUCAUCCGAGAGCUCAGGGCUGAAAUCGCCCGGCUGAAGGCCCUUCUGGUCCAGGGAAACCAGAUUGCACUUCUGGAUUCACCCACUGCUCUGAGUAUGGAGGAGAAACUACACCAGAAUGAAGCCAGAGUGUUGGAGUUAACCAAGGAGUGGACUAACAAGUGGAAUGAAACUCAGAACAUUCUCAAGGAAGAAACCCUUGCCCUGAGGAAAGAGGGAAUCGGUGUCGUCCUUGAUUCAGAGUUGCCUCAUCUAAUUGGUAUCGACGACGACCUCCUAAGUACUGGCAUCAUCCUCUACCAUCUAAAGGAGGGCAGGACAUAUGUUGGUCGAGACGAUGCGUCGACUGUUCAGGACAUUGUUCUCCAUGGGCUGGACCUGGAGAGUGAACACUGCAUGUUUGCGAACCAGACUGGCACCGUCACCCUGGUUCCACUCAAUGGGGCCCAGUGCUCUGUGAAUGGAGUGCAAGUGACAGAAGCCUCCCCACUAAACCAAGGUGCCGUUGUCCUACUGGGGAAAACCAACAUGUUCCGUUUCAACCACCCUAAAGAGGCAGCUAAACUAAGGGAAAAGAGGAAGAGUGGACUGCUCUCCUCCUUUAGUCCGUCUAUGACCGAUGUCAACAAAUCAUGUGAGAACCUCUCCACAGUAAUGCUCUACAACCCAGGUCUCUUCACUGAAAAGGGGCCCAUCUAUCUCAGGUUGGAAAUUGAGAGGCAGCAACGGGAAGAGCUGGAGAAGCUGGAACACAAAAGGAGGCUGAUUAAGGAGAUGGAAGACAGGCAGAAGUGUGAGAAGGUGGAGCUGGAGCGCCUGCAACACGAGGUGACAUCCCAGCGCAAGGAGUCUGAGCAGGUGCAGCAGCGCAUCCGCCACCAGGAGGAGACCCUCCGCUGCCGCAGCCAGGACAUCGAGAGCCGCCUGCGCAACCUCUUAACUGAGAAGCAGCGCUUUGAGGAGGAGCGCCACCGCGAGACCAAGGAGCUGGAGCUACAGAGGCGGCUGAAGAAGCAGGAGGAGCGCGAGGAUGAGAAGCCACAGGACGAGGAGGCGCGCCGCCAUAGCGAGGCGGCAGAGCAGACAGAGAUUUUCCGUGAGCUGGAACGGCUGAAGCGGGAGAACGAGGAGCAGGCGGUGCGGCUGGAGGCGGAGAGGCGGAGGCUGGAGGAGGGCGAGCUGGAGCAGCUAGGCCUGGUUGGGCGCCUGGAAGAGCAGCUGAGGGAGCGCCACGAGGCGGCGGCUGCCCUGUUGACCCGCGAGGACACCCGGCGACUGGACGCGGAGCGCCGUGCCUUGGCCGAGAUCCGCGAGGCCCUGCUCUGCGCCAAGGAGGCCAGCGGGCGCUCCGACUGUGAAGGAAUGGGUGUGGAGGCUGGGCACGCUGCCCAGGUCCGUUACACGGACUUCAAGGCAGCACAGGUGGAGGAGCUGGGUCAGUUGGAGGAGGGGCUCCUGCAGCAGAAAAAGUGCCUGGAGAAGGAGGUGGCUUCAGAGCGCGCUGCCCUGGCCCUCCUGGUCCACGCCCAUAAGGAGCGGCAGCGAAAGCUGCGAGAGACCCAGGAGAAGGGAGCGCAGGACGCCUCUGAACUCUCCCAAGAGGAGCAGCGGAUGCACCAGGCCGAGCAGUGCCUCCUCUUUAAGGAGCGCCGGCUAGCCAGCCUAACCGACAGCCUCUUGCCGGCGGUGGCCGAGGAGAGGCAGAGGGCGGAGGAGCUGCUGAAACUCGGAACCUCCACUGGUGCUGACAGCAUAUCCAACAUAUCCCUGGGACUAGACAACACCCUGUACCAGGUGGAGAAGGAACUUGAGGAGAAGGAGGAGCGCCUUACCUCGCACUGUGCCAGUGCCGAGCAGCUUCAGCAGCUGCAGGAGACGUACGAGUUCACGGCCAACGUGGCGCGCCAGGAGGAGAAAGUGCGGCGCAAGGAGAAGGAGAUCCUGGAGUCGCGGGAGAAGCAGCAGCGUGAGGCCUUAGAUCAGGCAGUGGCGCGCCUGGAGAGAAGGCACUUAGCGCUGAGGCGCAGUGUCUCGCUGGUCCCCGAUAGUGAGGAAUCCAGGCGCAAGGCCUCCAUUCUGGGGCCCGUGCAGGAACUCACCCAGAAGAGGGUGGAGCGGGAGAUCCAUAAACUGAAGCAGAGGAUCAGUACAACUGAGGGAAGUGGAAGGAGUCACACUGGGAGCGGCGACGAAAAGACCAGUCUCAGCACCCCCCCUGUCAGCCCAAUCCAGAGCCUACCCCCAGUGCUUCCUAUCGCAGAUGACGGGUACAGUGCCUUCAGAAAGAUAAAUGCAUAUAUUGAGGAGGAGGUGAAGAGAAGGUUACAGAAGCUGAACCGCAUCAAUGGUGACAAAAACAUUGAGCUCUCACUUUCAUCUGAAUCUCUGCAGGAUGACAACAAGCUGCAAAACCCUGUCAACCCUAGGAAAGUGAAAUAUGAGAAAGACUCCAAGCCCUUGCUGUGGCGUAGCUACCUGUAUGUCCCUGGACUUGAGACGAGCACUCAUCUGGAAGGGCAAACAACAAGUUCAGAAGAAGAAGGUGGCAAAGACAACUCUGAGUUAGAUAAAAUUCACAAUCCAGAAGGGGAAACCAAAGUCUUGGCACAGAAGGGCAUGUUGCCUUGUAAAGAGGGUGAAAAAGCAAAAUGGUGGCAGGUGGGAGUGAAGGGGAAGGUUGACCAAGCUGAGAGCGAGAACAAUGGCUGUGAUUUUAAAACCAAGGACUGGGGAUUUAGGUCUACUAACACCAUAGUCAGUGAGGAUGGAAGUAACAGCCAAUGUAGCCCAGAUGAGGGAGUAACCAAUUUUAGUUGCUACAUUGUUGACAAGACCAAAAGUCUAUCAUAUUCUCAGUCCAGAGAAACCAGAACAGAAAACCCAGUGUUGCACGGACUCACACAGUUUGACUCUGUGGAAGCUACCAAAGACCAAGUUCAGAACACAAGCAAGACAAGUAACGACACUGCAACCAUGAUCAACUCUGAAGUCCCCACACUGAGACAAAGUUCAAAGAGACAAAUCGUCAUCAAGGGCUACUUUGGUCUCAACAAGAUCCCCAAAGAGUCUGUAAAUGGGCAGGUGCAGAGGAAUCUGGUAACUUCAGAACCGGAUCGACUAACCAACGAACUGGGAGCCAAACAGAGUUACGUCCUUGGAUACUUGGCAGGCAAGCUGUCUGGAGUUUACAACGACGCUGGACGAUAUCUGCAGAGUACACGGGAUAUCAUUAGGCAGGUUCGAGCAGGAGAGACUUCAGCAUUGACUACUACAUUCUCUCAGUACAUGACCAUAGUUACAAAAGAUCUUCCAUUUGUUCAGAAAAAGCAGCUUGACCAUUCAAUGAAACCCAACUCAAGGCAGAAUAAAGUUCAUUUUGCCAAUUUGACAGGCAAUUGCCUUUUCAAUGUGCCUGAGAAAGGUCAUAUGUCUGCAAUUACGGACAUUUCAUUAUGGCCUAAAGGCUCUGUGACAACCUACAAAGACGGGAAGCCUGUAGUUUAUUGUCAGACGCUUGUGCAGUUUCCCAUCUUCCUUUCGGAAUUACAGUCUCUUCCACUUCAGAAGAUUCUCAUUCGUUUGUAUUGUGUGACGCCCAAAAUCGCUGCCACUUCCCACCACCUUUUGGGUAUCUACUGGCUAAGCGUAGCCAAUUGCAAACAGCCUACACCACAACCAAGUUGCUUACUGUUAUCUGAAACCGACCUCUAUGCAGUCUCCGCUGGUACUGGUUUAGGUAACAACCAGCCAUUGGCAGUUUUUCAGCACUUCAGUCUCUUGCACAUCAAGGAGAUCCAAGUGAGCUUUGCUGGGCAGCAUGUACGACUCCUGGGCUCCACUGAAGACACCAUCUUAGUCAUCUUCACCCACAGCAGAGAGCUUACCCAGGAGCUAUGCUGUACCCUGCUGAAAAUCCUUGCCCCGGCAGAGGUUCAGGAAGGCCCAGGAGCCCACCCCUUGCUUCGUGGAGACCUCUCACGCCUCUCUCUGGACUGGAGAUCCCACGUUCCAGACCUCCGGCUGGAUUGUGGCCUCUGUGUUACCUCACGCUUUAAGAGGAUCAUGGCUGACCUGCUCUACAUCCUGCACGGCAACAUGGAAGGACCCAACAAGCCCUCAUUGGCUGACAUACACCUUCUUCUCUACACUUCCAUCAAGGUGGAAAACUAUUCCACCUCGCGCCAAGAUGUCCUUUGCCAGUUCUUUCUCACAGACAACCACAUAGGCCUGGUGCAAGAGGAUGCUGUGUUCCACCCGGUACCUCGAGGCUCAACUCUGGUUCCCAUCCAACCCCAGUUUCAGGGAGUAGAGCUGUGCAGACGCUCAGACAUCCGAUGUGUGCUUGUGAGACACAGCGAUAGAUGUAUGGUGCUUGACAUCGCAUUCUCCACGACUCACAAAGGCCAGAUUGAGACCAAAAGAAAAACCAGGAAAGGCGUCGCCAUUGUCCCUUUUCCUUCUGAUUGCAGGCCCCCAGCUGAUUCCUGGAAACUAACUUUCAGCUCUACUUCGGAUGCAGCAAUCCUUAUCAAUCAUCUGUCAACCUGAUUUUAAGCCUGUGCUUACAGGUCAUAAAAGGAUAUAAUGCUAGUAGGUAAUAAAAGGAAAGGAGUUUAUCUGCCACUGCAGGCCUGAAGUGUAAUGACCGUGCCGUCCUGCUGAACUCUUGUUUUCUUUCAACGUUGCACUUGAGCAAGAAAGCCAUGGUGAGUUGGCAGUUAUGAGGUCAAUCAUCAGCUAGCUCGACUGAUGACAUUAGGGUUUGCAUACUAUAAGAGUUUAGCAACAUUAUAGUAAAUAUUUCACUUGUAAAUCCUAUUUUGUUUGAGCAUGACGGCACCGCCAUACCACUUCAAUAUGUAUUUAACACUGUUUAAAUAUUUUUUUUUGAUUAGUUGAAAAUUAUAUUUUAAAAAAAUGUAAAAAAAACAUCAUUAUUGUAACAUGGGAACCGUGCCUUUUGUAAUUGUUAAUGUACAUCCACAAUGUCAAUGUAACAUUUUAUUGAAACGUAUCUACAGAAUCCUCAUGAACAUUGUGUUAUAAGAAAAUACAUGUCCAUAUUAUGAAUAUAGAUCAAAUACUAAAAUGUAAAGGUGUAACUCCAAUGGCUGCUAUUGAUUUUAAAGUAUUUUAUAGUAUAUUUGAAUGCAUCUCUUAACAUACUGCCAAUGUGGUGGUACACCUUAAUCAAAUCGUUGUCACUUUAAGAACUGUUUUACUCACAAACCUAAUUGUUUUGUAUUGGUGUAAUUGAGUAAUUGGAUAUUUCAUAGAUUUUCUUCCCCACUACAGGGAAUAGGUUGACCUUUUUGUUUAGUCAACUUAGCUCUCCUUCUCUGUUCUUACAUGAAUGCUCACAUCAAUCAUUUUUGGCUGGUGAAAUUGUUUUCUUCAAUAUGUUUGUGUAUACGUUUAUGCAUAUCAAUCAUAUGGUAAUGUACGAUAUGGUUUUGAGGACUAUGUGUGAAAAGUAACAUGAAGAAUGUCUGACGUACAAUAUGACUUGUGACUAUGAUCACUGUAAUAAUGUUAAUAAAAUCUGUUUAAUUGUGUUAACAAAAAAAUAAAGAUGGUGUUCUGUAUAAA